CGGGCACCCGUGAAGCCUCGCCUUCACAGGUGCCAUGCAGGGCUGGGUGUCCGACAUUCCUUCAUCAUGCUCCAAGUCCUCCAACCCAAGCUGCGGCUGGCAGCGGCCCUGGUUGUCCGACCGCGUGGCGGACGGCUACGGCUCCUCAGAGCGGGCGAUCUCGUUCUCUGAAAAGAUGCAGGUUUUUGUGCAGCAUGUGGAACACUUUCCGGAAGAGUUGGAGGAGCAGAUCGAGAAACGACGGAAGCAGAUGGAGAGCCGACAGCAGGAAGAGAUGUUUCAAGUGGCCCAGGACUUUGAAGGCGUAAAAAGCAGGCGGUCCAAACCAUGCCUCUUGAUGAGCAAAACGCUCCGGUGUGCCAAUGUGAUCAGCAUCUGAGCCGCGACCGAAAGGAUCCAAAAGGACGUAGCUGGUCGUCCGCAACGGAGCUGAGGUCAUCUGUCAUUUUGUG